UUCAGGAUGCUGACGAUGGAGAUGCAUGAAAUAAACACCACUGUCAGCAGCGUCUUUCUUGUACUUCCCUGAAGAAGGGACGUCCAUCUAAUGUCCUUAAAGGGAGGAAUGGUGUUGCUGUCUCGGUGGUCGUCGAGUGUGUGUGCGUGUGUGUGUCGGGGGGCACGGUCCACUGAACUACCCCUGCCGUGACGACAACAGGGGGGAACCAAGCUAGCACUCCCGCCCCUUCACCAACAACAUUGAGGCUGGAAAGCUGAGACCCAUCCCUUCCCGUAUCAAGGGAAGACACCACCCAGGCUGUCCCGAGCAGCGUUUGCUUGGUGGGGAGGGGGCGUGCAAGUGGAAGUGUGCCGCAGUGAGCAUAAUCUGAUAAGCUUAUCCUCUCCUCCUCCUCCUGCACUGCGAUCCAGGAUGUCACUGCUGGGAGAAAAGUGGGUGCAGGAGGGAAUUCUUAGCACCCUGAUGCCGCCUGUUUUUGCAUCUGCGGGUGCAAUGGCGACAACACGCCUCACUUGAAUGUAUCAUUGCAGCAGCAACGUGCACGCUGAGGUGAAGUUGCACGAACAAUUUGUGGAGGAGAUGCUGUGGAUCCUAAACACCCCCAAGGCCGACUAUUGGGAGCUGCCGAAGUGCGUCACUGCAUGCAAAGUGCUGCAGGUAAGCCAGCCGACUCUCCCCGGGAGGACUGCUGCUCAUCCCCCGCACACGAUGUCGGCUCUCAAGGCGAGCGACUAACACGAGCACCCGGGAUGGAAGCGGCGGAGGAUUCGAGCAAAGCUCCGCCACUCCUUGGAUCGUCGUUUUGCUCAGCACCGGAUUUGGACUCUGACAUCAACGCUAAUGCCUUCAGGCCCAUCUACGAGAACGGAGCGGAUGACAAUAUCAACAUCCAGAGCACAGCCCUGCGAGGGGCCAGCGACCCCAGCGCCUACCCCUCCGCGGACUACCGUGGGCUGGUCCGCCAGAGGUUCAUUCGGCGGAGUUUGUGGGUGUCAGACUCCGACGAGCAUGCCGUGGACACGGCGGAGUGUGUGCACAGCACCCCGGCGCUCAACAUUGACCUGCGCUCCAUUGUCGGCCGGACUCGAACUCGCGCUCUGCAUGCGAGCCGCCUCCAGGACAACUCCACGCCGGAGGGGGAAGUCACGGACAGCGGCCCUGGGAGCGCGGGAUCCCGCCAGGAGGAGAAAGGUGACACCCGCCGAAGCGAGGUCAAGGAAGAGGGCGUGUCCUGUGACGUCACUGGCAAAGCAGGAAGUGAUGAGAACGAAGAGGAGCCAGGGAUGAAGGCUGUGUCCACCUCACCUGGGGGGCGCUUCCUCAAGUUUGACAUCGAGCUGGGGAGAGGCUCCUUCAAGACCGUCUACAAAGGUCUGGACACCGACACCUGGGUGGAAGUGGCGUGGUGCGAACUCCAGGAGCGUAAACUGUCCAAAGUGGAGAGGCAGCGGUUCAAGGAGGAGGCGGAGAUGUUGAAAGCUCUUCAGCAUCCCAACAUUGUGAGAUUUUAUGACUUCUGGGAGUCACCCUUAAAAGGCAAGAAGUGCAUUGUUCUGGUGACAGAGCUCAUGACCUCAGGGACCCUGAAAACUUAUUUGAAGCGCUUCAAGGUGAUGAAGCCUAAAGUUCUUCGGAGCUGGUGCAGACAGAUCUUGAAGGGCCUUCACUUCCUGCACACCAGGACGCCGCCAAUCAUCCACAGAGACCUCAAGUGUGACAACAUCUUCAUCACGGGGCCUACAGGCUCUGUCAAGAUAGGAGACCUGGGCUUGGCAACUCUGAAGAGGGCUUCCUUUGCUAAAAGUGUUAUUGGUACACCAGAGUUCAUGGCACCCGAGAUGUACGAGGAGCACUAUGAUGAGGCCGUGGAUGUCUACGCUUUCGGCAUGUGCAUGCUGGAGAUGGCGACAUCAGAAUAUCCCUACUCCGAGUGUCAGAACGCCGCUCAAAUCUACCGCAAAGUCACCAGCGGUGUAAAACCUGCCAGCUACAGCAAAGUAAGUGACCCGGAAGUGAAGGAGAUCAUUGGAGAGUGCAUCUGUCACAGAUGGGAGGAAAGGUACUCCAUCAAGGACCUCCUGAACCAUGCCUUCUUUGCAGAGGACACAGGCGUGAGGGUGGAGCUCAAUGAAGAAGAUGACGGCAAGAAAUCCUCCAUUGCUUUAAAGCUGUGGGUGGAGGAUCCUAAAAAGCUGAAGGGGAAGUACAAGGACACCGGAGCAAUUGAGUUCACCUUUGAGCUGGUGAACGAGGUACCAGAAGUUGUCGCGCAGGAGAUGGUGGAGUCUGGCUUCUUCUUGGACUGCGAUGUCAAGAUCGUUGGCAAGUCCAUCCGGGACCGCGUGGCUCUCAUCAAAUGGAGGAGGGAGCGCCUAGUCUCGUCGGGAAACGGCGAGGCGUCUGCGAAGAAGACGCCGCAGAACCUCCUGCAGGUGCCCGGUGCUGGUAGACCACAGGUGACAGCGACAGCCGCCUCAGACUAUGAAGACCAGGAGACGGAGCAGCAGACUUUGAUUUGCACCGUCCCCGUCACCACGUCCACCACAUCGGACAGUGGGGUGAACGCCACCAUGCAAUUGGAUGAUCUCAGCAAACAGCAAAGUGGCUCCUACCAAUCCCUGCCUGAGCCUAUCUGUACAGCUCAGGUGGUCUACAGCCCUCCUGUGCAGCCGGAGCCCCCAGUGCAGCAAGGGCCCUACCAACAAACCGCAGCACAGGCCUCACAUGAGCAGUACCCGCAAGAACCCACACAAUUACUUGAGGGAGCCUACCAGCAAAGCACAGGUCAGCUGCAUCCAGGGACCUACCAACAACCUGCUGCACAGUUGCACCCGGGGCCAGAUGAGUCUCAAACACGUCACAGCAGUGAUGCCUUUGUUAGCUGUGACUUCAUCAGUGUGUGUCCCAGGCGUGGAAGUGCUUCCCAGGUGGAGAUGUUGCAGUGUAAGACUCACUCAAGAGGCUCUCAUACCAGACACAACUUCUCUCCUAACGCCUCCCAACGCUCGUCGUUAUCGUCUGCUCUCUUGUCCCCCCAUCGAUGUUCUCAUGGUGACUCAGCAAGUCACUGCAGUUCACCUCUGAAGCCGCAGCGCCCCUCAGAGCAUACACUCGGCGUACCUCACAGGCCGCAGCCUCGCCACCACUGCGGAGCUUGUAUGUCUCUCCUCCAGGCGGACAGGACAAAGAGAAGUGGAUCUUUGGGACACACGCAUGUUCACUCUUUCCUGACGCCUGUCUCCAAGGCUGACUUCACUCCUCCUUCUGCUUCAUCAGAUCAUCACUCCCCACCUCUGAUUUUACCCUCCCCCCCGUCAAAUGCUGAUCUGUGCAGGAAUGUGCGUGACAGUGGACAUCUCAGUCUGCUUAACCACUGUCUCCAUCACAUCGUCAGCCGCAGAACAAGCUCCCCUACCCUCUCAGAAGGGGGCACUAUCAUCUCUCACCCCAGUUUGGACAGGAGGCUUCUGUUAUCAGCACAAGUGAGCAAAGGCAGACCAGAGCCACUGACAGUUUCUGCUCCAUCGACGCUGGCCCCUCCUGCACACCAGAGUAGACCUACACCCACAGCACAGAGCUUCCCAGCUGCAAUGCCCAUCCUACAGACGCAGCUCACAGCCCAGCCUAGCCAGGACCAGCGCUUACCUGCUGACCAGCCUGCAAGUCACCUGAGUCCUCCUGACUUAUCGAGCAGUUUCCCACAGUCUGGCACCAAUGCAGCUGCUCCUCUACUGCCCCUGCACAUCACCCCUGCACAGUUUCCCUCGUCAUCAUAUUGUGUUCAAGCAGGGGCCAUCAAGCCCCCUCCUUUCUCCUCGGCUCCUUUAGCUAGUAGCACUUACUACUUGCCUUCGCCCCACCACCCCACCAUUAUCCUGACUCCUCAUCCUGCCUCCAUUAGCACCCUCCAAAGCCCUCAGUCCACACCUCAGCCAGUGUUCCCUAUCCCACAUCUUGCCAUGAGCACGUCUUUGGCAGUAGCCCAGCAGCACAGUGGCCCAUCUACAUCCGAGCUAAACUCUUGUAGCUUCCAUUCCACACAUGCCUUACCUCUCUCCCAGGUACAAACCACCCCAUACCCUGUCCCCCACCCUGACCAACAACUGGCUGAACAGCCUGUCCAGGUGCAGACUGUGACUUCACAGGGGAAUUUAGGAGAUGUUCAGCUUUCGGCUCCAGUUCCACCAGUCCUACCUACUAAUCACAUGCCUCACUUGGGAAAUGGAACAGAAAUAAAAACUCCUGCAGCCGGCACGGACUUAAGUGUAGCACCUCCAUUUCACGCCUCGGCACCGCUCUCAGCUCCUGUGGAUAUAGAAACCCAAACCCAGGCACAAACGCCAGCUUUAAUCCAGCUCAAAAGUCAAGCGUCAGGCCAAGUGCUGGCUCAAUCAGCAACUUCAGUUCCAGUUGAUGCAGCAAUUUCUGCAUCACCGAAAAUCUCAUCUACAAUCACAGACGAUUCUUCCGCCAUAGGACAAACCCAACUCUCUGGACCGGGAUCGGCCAUGCUGCCAACUCAGCAUGCUGCCAUUGUUCCUGCUCCUGCUCCUGUUCCUGCUCCUGUCCUGGCUCCAGUGCUGCAGCCCUCUGGCAUCCAGACAGCCGUCUCAGGGGCAUCUGAAUGUGGAAGCCAGCCUACAACAUGGCAGAAAAAAGAAACGUCAUCAAGUUCUUGCACUUUACAGCAGGAUCCCUGCACAGAGGAAGUGUUUCUGGACAAAGCGGUAUCAUUGCCCAGCUAUGCCAAUGACAGCCCCUACUCUGACGUUGCAUCUGGCAAGGAAGCAAGUGACGGCUACGACAGCUUGGCCGGUGGAGGGAAGGGGGAAGGAAAACACAGGAAGCACCAUCGCAAGUCUGCCCGUACACGCUCUCGGCAAGAAAAGACGAGCAAACCCAAACUGAGCAUGCUCAAUGUGUGCAACACAGGUGACAAGAUGGUUGAAUGCCAGCUGGAGACUCACAAUCACAAAAUGGUGACAUUUAAGUUUGAUCUGGAUGGAGAUGCUCCUGAGGAAAUUGCCACAUACAUGGUAGAGAACGGCUUCAUCCUUCCGUUAGAAAAAGAGAUCUUCAUUGACCAGCUGAAGGACAUUGUGGAUAAAGCGGAAGACAUGUUAAAUGACGACAUGGAGGGAGAGAGGCUGUCUACUUUGAGUUGUAGUCCAAAACAAGGCCAGACGUCUGAUGGACACGUAGGAGAGAGUCCUCAGUCAGGAGCAUCCCAGCCUGUCUACCAGCAGAAUGUUCUUCAUACAGGAAAGAGAUGGUUCAUAAUCUGCCCUGUGGAGGAGACCCCUCUAUCCAGCCAGGAGAACACGUCUGAGGGCACAGCUUCGCAGUCUCCCGGAAGUUCAGCCAACACACAGCCUGCUGGCACUGCCAGGCCUUCUACAUCACGAGCUGAAGAAGGCUCCUCCUCUACAAUGUCUGGUGGUAGUGGAGGCUUCAUGCAUGACGUGUAUGGAUUCUGUAGUCCCCCGAUUAUGUCCAACACGGACCCGCUCCUCUUGGCCACUCUGUCUCCUCCUGUGUCUGCUCCCCCAGCCCUUCAGUCAGUACCAUCAAUGGAAGCCAUUAGCAGUGUCCAUCAAGCCCAGCCUGCCAGAGCUCAGACGUUGCCUCCAUCAUCUCCACAAAGCGCUUUUCAAAUGGACGAACCGCACGGAUCCCCUGUAGGCGCCGCCUCCCCCAGUCACUCUACUUUGCACGUGGCAGACAUCUCCUGUCCUGUUUCCGUGACAGACGAAGUGCCCUGCUGUCCUCUGGUCAUGCCCCUGUCCCUGGAUGUGAGCAGCUCACCCAGCGGGUCACCUCUCACUCCUCUUCCGCUGCAGGAGCCCGCUUCGGCUAAAGAGUCGCUGUCUCUCUCGUACGCUGCAGCGGCACGCAGCGAGCGCUCACAGCAGCCUGUGGUGCUUCACCAGCCUUUCUCUAGCGUGGGAGGGGCCAAGGUGUCCUCACUGCCCCAGAGCCCGGCGCCAACGCAGCAUGGCGGAGGACCUGGCGAGUCAGACGGUGAAGGACGCCUGGCCCGGGGAGGCUUUGUGGACAGCACCAUAAAAACUCUAGAUGAGAAACUUAGGAACUUGCUCUACCAGGAGUACGCUCCCAUGUAUCCGUCGGGUAGCGCUGCGGAGACACCAGGAUCUGGCACAGAAUACAUCCAAUCUCCUCCUGGUCCAGACAGUGCUACUGGAGGCUCAGGAAACAGUACACCAGGUCCAAUGGAGGAGGGCCGCUUCAGAGCAGGAGAACAACUGCCUCAAAUUCCAGAGAGAAUGGAUAGUUUGAGCACUCUAAGCGACUCGGCUGUGUGUGCUUCCCAUUCAAAGAGGCACGUUUCUCACUCCGUCUCCUGCUCUGGGGCAAGAGGCCGAUUUAAGAUCAUCUCAGUUCCUCCUGACGUGGCCAACAAGCGAGAUGUGAAGCAGAGGAGCUGGAGCAGCGUUGCCUCACCAGCGCAUCCCGCAGGUUACAAUGUUCCCACCGAGGCCAUGACUCCCUCCACCACCAUCGGUCGCUUCUCUGUAAUCAGCACCGAGGAUGACCUCACGCAGAGGACACGUAGCAGCCGCUACUCCGCCCCUCCCGACUUCUACCUGGACACGCCUCCCUCUGCGGCAAACCAGAGCUCCUUUCCUCACGCCAUCACCUCAGCCUCUGUGCCUGUGGACAUCACGGUCCACGCCCGCUUCCUCUCUUCCGACUCGGGGGCCGAGAGCAGCCCUGCCAAAGUGGCCCCGGCCACCCCGAGUCAACACACUCGCUCUGAGCGCAGAGGAAGCGACCUGAUGAAGAGGGCGGUGGCCUUCCUCAGACGUUCAGGGCGCAGCAGCAGCGUGCAGAGCUCCGAUUCUCCAAGCAGGCAUGGAGGCAUGCCCGGCUCCGCCUACGCCAGCAGCGAUAAUGACUCGGAGAUGGAGGACUCAGACAUGAAGAGAGAAUUACAGAGACUCAGGGAGAAACACCUGAGGGAGAUCUCGGAGCUGCAGGCCCACCAGCGAGGAGAAGUGGAGCUACUGUAUCGCCGUCUGGGCAAAGCCCCUCCCUCCGGGCUGACGUACUCGCACGCUGCACCGCCUGCAGGCCGCAGAAAAAGGUCUGGCAGGCACAGGCUGAAACCCGGCAAACUGCUCAGCCCUCUGGUGCAGCAAUUUCGACAUGUCACAAAUAAAAGCGGCGACUCCAGCAGAACCGCUGCUCCAGGAAGUGGAGAGACGACUGUGAGUUUAAACGGAUCUCCAGCCAGGGGAAACAUCGCCACUCAUGGCAGGGCCCGCUCCUCCACCAGCCACAUACCCAGCUCCACCCCAGAACCUGUGCAGACUCAGCAGCCCUGCUCCCUCAAGGGCUCCUUGUCAUCGGAUAACAUUUACGCUGGGAUGUACGGAGACGGCACCGGUGCACAAGCGCCGCCAGGACAAGGCUGGUCUAAUCACCCUCAAGCAUCUGAGAGAGUGACCUAUAAAUCCAGUAGCAAGCCCAGAGCUAGAUUUCUCAGUGGGCCUGUGCCUUUAUCUAUCUGGACGACGCUGAAGCGACUGUGUCUUGGCAAAGAGCGAGGCAACAGGUUUGGUGCCGGUUCAGGUGUGGUUAAUCCAUCGCAGCAGCCGCCCACCGGUGCCACACCACCUCAUCAGCCGGUGAUGGGACUGGCGCAGGCUCAAGCCAACAACAGCAACAACAAGACAGGAAGCUAUGCCGCCUCAUCUGUGAGUGCCGCUGAUAUCAACCUGCCUGAAGAUCUGCAAAGACUGAUGGACCACUGGGCCCAGGAGGUGCUAAUCGUCACUCACAGGCCGCGCACCAACUCCAUACGCAUCGGUGGGCAGCAGCUUCUGGAACAGAUGCUCCCCCCAACUCGUCAGCAAGUUGCAAGUACCUCAGAGGUGUCCUCAUGGAUGACCCCAGGUGUGGAAAGCAGCCACCCCGCCCUGUCAUGGCCUGAAAGCAGCAACAUGAGCAACAGAGCUGCUACGGGACCUGGCACCGUCUGUCAGCUCCUCUCGCCUGCUCCUGUUUGUCUCAGCCAAUCUCCUCGGGCGCCCCUCACCCUUCCUUCUGGAAUCUCUGCCUUUCCUGGUACGCCUUCAGCCCCGGAUGUUCUCUCUCCCAUCCCAAGUGCAGCACAUCAACAGGCGGACCCCAAAGCAAGAACUCUCUAAUCUGAAGUAGCAACGUGUCUUCCAAAAAAAAGGCAUUGUAGUCCAUGUGCAAAUAUUGUAUAUAGUGUAUUUAUUCUGUCAUUUGCAUACCUCAUGCUCAUGUGCAAUGCAAUGGUACUUUUCAAAAUGAUGAUUUAAGAAAAAAGUGCACUUUUUUUUUGGAAUUCUGCUCAUCAUCCACAAUCUUUAUGUGAGACAUGAACACACGUCUUUCUCUUUUCUGUGCGUUGUAAAGAUAUAAAAACAGGUAAGAAGAGCCAGUUAAGAAUGCACAUAAUGGGACGCACCCAUAAUGUCCCAUUACGUGCAUUAAUUACCUGCCUGUUUUUAUAUCUUUAGAACGCACAGAAACGAGAAAGACGUGUGUUCAUGUCUCACAGAAGCAUUAUGGAUGAUUGGCAAAAUUGCAAAAAAAGCAUUUUUCCUGGAAGUCACAGCUGGAAUGAGUUAAGUAGACAUGAUUUGUGUUGCUAACGUUGCCUUGUAUAUAGGAAGUGUGUACAUACAGUAGGUUGUGUUUGUAUCCAGUCAGCAGCAGAUGAUCCAUAGGCUGGUGCUGCAGCUUUGUGUCUCGGUCGGCAUCAUGGCGACACUGUGAAGACUUGUGGUCCCGAGGGCACGCUCUCUCUCUCUCCGUCCAAGGUCAGGGGUUCUUAGCUUUGUUUGCUUCCAGACCAGGAAUAUUCUUAAGAGAUUUGAAUGAACUUUACCUUCAGGUGAGAAUCACCUGUCAGUGUGUGCCUUGUAUUGCGGUUUCUGACGAUGAGCAUUUAGGGUUCAAAGCAAGUUAUUCUCUAUGUGUAUCCUUGAAUUAUGCCAUUAGAAUAAUCCACAUUACCCUCAUGCAGGCCAUAAAAGACUAGGGGUGUCACAAGAUCUCACGAGAUUUAAAAGUAAAAAGAUUUCUUGUUCACAAAAAAACUGGCUUGUGGGCACUAGGCCAGGGACGAUAAUAAAUAAACAAAUUAAUCACACAAUAAAUGAAAAUGAAGUGGAUAAUCAAUAUAUUGCCAUGUGCAUGCGUGUCUGUUUUCCUCGUCUCUCACCUCCAAACAGGCAGGAAGAGGGUUCACUCUGUGCAUUGCUUUCAGCACCUUGGCGCGUUUGUGCCAUACAAAAACAGCAUGAACGGAGUGAGCCCUUUUUUUUCCAGUCAUACUGUCUCUUUGCCUCGGUGGGUGGAGGCGGGGCCGCUAGCAUACACACAGAGUUCAGAAGAGUGUGACGUAGUCGGAAUUAUAUUCGUAGAUUGCAAUAUACAAGUCAAACCUGUCUUAGCGGCCACCUGCAUAGAACGGCCACCUGCCUAUAGCGGCCACUGAAAAAUCCCCUGCUGGAAAUUUAUAGACCCUGUGUAUAGCAGUCGCCCGUCUAACGCGGCCAGCGGCCACCCAUUUUGUAUCCCUUGGUCAAUAUCUGACCGCAUAUAGCGGCCAAAAUGCAGACUCAAGCAGAAGAUUCAUGCACGAAAAAGUUUCGUUUUUUUAAGCAAUGAAGCCGUCGUGUGUAGACUUUAACUACUGAGUCGUAGCUCAGUCACAAUCAUUCACAAGAUCCACACAAACGGUCAGCUGUUCGACAUAAAAAAGCCGUCUUCUUUUGAGCUUGUUGCAGACAGUGACACCGUUUAUUUCCUGGUGUGAGACAAUGUGCACUGGUCAAUACUGUAGUGCCCCUUGUUGUGGGGAAGGAGAGACUCACGUCCGAUGCACUUUAAUCGCUUUAUUAACAGCGGUUUAUUAACCUAGUAGUUCUUACAACUUUCAUCCGCAGUCCCACAGUGCCCUCUACUGGUCAACAUGUAACAGUAUAAUUAUAUGUAUCUGCAAGGACAACAAGCUUCUAAUCACAGACAUGUUAAUAUGUGCGCGCACACAUUCAAAAUGGCCACCAACCUGCCUAUAGCGGCCACUUUUGUCAUUUCCCUUUAGUGGCCACUAUAGACAGGUUUGACUGUAUUGUCAUUUAUUUUUAUAUUUUUCAUUGUACUUUUCUUAAAAGUAACCUUAAAAUCUCAUCUUGUCUCGUUGUUGUAGACCAGGGGUCGGCAACCUUUACUCUCAACAGAAUGAUAUUCAAGACUGGAGCCACAAGCAUAACACGAGUUUUAGUCUUUUUUUCAACAGAAUACAACAAACAGAAGUGCAGUCUGUGAGGCCUUUUUGUGUCCUUCCCGUGUUAAUUUGUAUAAUAUUAAAAUAAAAGGUAGCCCAUUUUAUCAUCCGCUUGUCCUCACUAGGGUCGCGGGGGGUGUGCUGGAGCCUAUCCCAGCUGACUUCGGACAAGAGGCGGGGCAACUUGGAACUUGGCAAUUUUUAAAAAGUUAACAAAUUUAGGAACGUUUAUUGAGGGGUCUGUAUUCAAUGUUUUUUUUAAUCUGAAAGAAAAAACAGCCACACAAAUGCUAGUGUUCUGUUUGUGUUUCUAACACUCCAUGCUGAUCUUUCUUAUGUUGGGGCAGUAACAUGUGACUUCUCUCUUCACACAGGACUGUAGGCUCUCAUUUGUGAUCCAUGUUGAUGUGUUCAUGGUUAGCUUACCGCAGGGACUGCACGCUCAAGAAGCCGCCUGCAGAUAAAGGCGAGGACCAUAGACGUGGAUGUCACGCAAGUUUCACUUCAAAGUAAUAUAAAAUAAUCCAAAGUAAAAUAAAAUCUAGUUAAUUACAUUCAUAAACAACCUUUUUUUUUCCCCCUUUUGUCAUGACCAAAAGGAGCCACAGCAAGGAGGCUAAAACGCCGCGGGUUGCCUACCCCUCUCGUAGACGCGAUCUUGUGUGUGGUCUCGUGUCAUGUGACACCCCUAUAAACGAUGUAAAAGACUGCAGACUUGUGUCGUUUUCCUCCAUUUGCCCGCGCGAAUAAAGUGGUAAUAUCAUGGAUGCCAUCAGUGUGAUGCCAAAGCUGAGUUUGGGGCGCAGGCUGGCACGCAUCCACGAUGACGCUGAGGGCGGAAGAUCGUGAGUCAGAAACGUAAGCGUCCCUUACCUCUUCUUAUGUGUAGCUUUACGUAGUGUUGCCUUUGAGCGUCGCAGUUUGGGUGGUGAUGGUUAAACCAAAAAAAAGUUAGACAAUUGAGUUGUAGAUAUAUUUUUAAGAGUCAAUACACAGUGGUGUAUUGGAAGUGUUUCAGCCUUGACGCUGGAAUUUAGAUAGUUUCAAAGUGCUUUUAGUUAGCCCUACUUUGUGUGUCUGUAACUUUAGUGAGCCGUGUUUGUUUCCAACUGGGUGUCUCUCCAAGAAGCGCUAUUGUGUGCUUUAUCCACUUUUUCUCCACUUGUCCAACGUAAUAGAUGCCAUAUAUCAAAUACAUAACAUUAAGGAGCGGGACAGGAGGACACAAACGUUAGCAACACUAGCAUAGCUAUGUGAGCUACAGUGCUAACAUUAAAGUCCCAUUUAAACAGCGGCAUCAUGCUAGAUUAGCCUAGUCGCUGAAGAAAAACAACAUGAUCAAACUCUGAGCUCCUACACCUGUAGAUAGUUGGCAAAGCUGCAGGCUGCAUUUGAUGUGAAGACGUGUAGUGAAGUGAAGCCCACCAGAAAGUGGUGGGCUAAUGUAGCAAUAAGUGGGUCAGGUGGUAUUGUGUCCAUGAGGAAGGAGGUUUUUCCUUAAUGAUGUGGAGCAAACUAGUGAGGGAGAUUUGUUAGAACCUCAUUAGAAUUGGGGGUGCAGCCCAGAAGCUUGUUUUUUAUUGGCUCUUGGCAUAUUGUAAAAUAAAAAUAAAUUAAUUAGGAUAUGAUAUUACACCAAUUUGCUUUGCCACCCAUAACACGGCCGUUACAGUUUGCAGGUACUGAUAUCCCAUUAGAAAAGUUAGCCAGGCUACAUCAAUUUCUGAAACACGGGGCAAAAUUGGCCAAUGAUGCAUUGCAUCAAUAAAUGUAAGGAUUUAUGCAUUUAAUUAACAUACCUUUGUUUUACUGUCAUAAAAGUAGACACUCUAUACUGGUAAAAUAAAUGUAAAAGGUUAAAAAAAAUGGAAUUUAAAAAAUGAAAAUAAAAUUGGGUAAUAAAUGAAUUAAUAAAAGGAAUUUCAUAGGGCCCUAUACACUGACCUACACUGGAUUGCUUUUAGCAUCUUUAAUGUAUGUAUGGAUGUAUGUACAGUAUGUAAUGUAUCAAUCCUUCAAUGUGACCCCUGGUGGAAGAGGUUGAGUGUCUCGGAGUGUGACUCAUGUCUGUAUUUGUAUUGACUGACACUGUUUCAACAUUAUAGUUUAUGAUAUAUUUUAUUUGAAUAACAUAAUUCACACAGAGGAAUUCACCUCCUAACAUGUAACUUUUUUUUUCUCUGUAAAACAUCUCCUUUGUUGUGCUGGGCUCAUCAUUGUUACCGCUUGUAAUGGACUUUAUCAAUGCUUUGGCCUGCUGCCUCACCAUCCUGGUGACAAACAUCACCAUAGUACAGUAUAGAUAUAUACUGUAUAGAUAUAUAUACUUGAGGAGAGAAAGAAAAUAAAUGCAGUUUUGGCUUGAAAGCAUAA